GGUCCUACUUCGGUUCCCACCACACGGAAACCAAUGACCGAUGUUUGUUUUGCUACCAUUAGCAGCAUGCCUGCUGAACGCAAGCACUCAAUAAACAUGGAUGAAAAAGAUGUUUCCUGCUUCAGCAACAAGGAAAAGGACAGAGAUGGUGAGAGAAGACCAGCAUCCUCCCGAGACAAACCGAAAGAUGAAGCCAAAAUGAGUGGUAAAAAAGAUGGUGUCAAAGAAGAGAAGAGAAAGCGCUUAGAAGAAGAAAAGAAGAAGAAAGAGGAAAAGGAACGUAAGAAGAAAGAGGAGGAAAAAACUAAAGCAGAGGAAGAGCAGAAGAAGAAAGAGGAAGAAGAGAAAAGACAGCAAGAGGAGGAGGAAAAGAAGCUCCAAGAGGAAGAGGCUAAACGACAGCGUGAGGAGGAGGCAGCUCUCAUCAAGGAAAAGGAAGAAGGUCAUCAGUUGCACCAGGAGGCCUGGGAGCGCCAUCACUGCAGGAAGGAACUCCGCAGCAAGAACCAGAACGCUCACGAAGGCCGGCCUGAAGAGGCCUUCUUCAGCCGCCUGGACUCCAGCCUUAAGAAGAACACCGCCUUUGUCAAGAAGUUGCGCACGCUGACCGAACAGCAGCGAGAUGCGCUUUCUAAUGACUUUGGUUCGCUCAACCUCAGCAAGUACAUUGGCGAGGCUGUUAGCUCCGUUGUGGAGGCCAAACUCAAGAUUUCCGAUGUUGGCUGCGCUGUCCAUCUGUGCUCCCUCUUCCACCAGCGCUAUGCAGAGUUUGCUCCAUUGCUGUUGCAGGCGUGGAAGAAACACUUUGAAGCAAGGAAGGAAGAGAAGGCUCCCAACGUGAGCAAGCUGCGCACAGAUUUGCGAUUUAUUGCAGAGCUUACUAUUGUGGGCCUCUUCACAGACAAAGAAGGCCUUUCACUCAUUUAUGAGCAGCUGAAAAACAUUAUUGGGACUGAUCGGGACACACACACUCAUGUGUCGGUGGUCAUCAGUUUCUGCAAGCACUGUGGGGACGACAUCGCUGGUCUGAUGCCCCGCAAGGUGAAACUGGCGGCUGACAAGUUUGGCUUGGGCUUCCCUCCUAGUGAAAUAAUAAGCACAGAGAAACAGCAGCCUUUCCAGAAUCUUCUACGAGAGUAUUUCACAUCUCUCACCAAACACCUGAAGAAGGACCACCGGGAACUGCAGAACAUUGAGAGACAGAACAGGCGCAUCUUGCAUUCCAAAGGGGAGCUAAGUGAGGACAGGCACAAGCAAUAUGAAGAGUUUGCCACUUCCUACCAGAAGCUACUGGCCAACACACAGUCUCUGGCCGACCUGCUGGAUGAAAACAUGCCUGACUUGCCUCAGGACAAAACGGUGCAGGAAGAGCAUGGACCGGGCAUUGACAUUUUCACCCCUGGCAAGCCUGGGGAGUACGACCUGGAAGGGGGAAUUUGGGAGGACGAAGAUGCUCGGAACUUCUAUGAGAACUUGGUGGACCUGAAGGCCUUCGUUCCCGCCAUCCUCUUCAAAGACAACGAGAAGAGUAAAGAGGGAAAGGACAAGGACGAGGCCAAAGAUGGUAAAGAGGCGAAGGAUGUGGCCAGCACCACAGAAGAGCUGGAGCUGGAGCUGGAGGCUCUUGACAUCGCUGAUGAGCCUCUUGAACUGGAGGGACCAGAUGAGGUGGAAAAUGAAGAGCUGGCCAAAAAGCUCCUGGAUGAGCAAGAGCAAGAGGAUGAGGAAGCCAACACAGGAUCACAUCUGAAGCUGAUUGUGGACGCUUUCAUCCAGCAGCUUCCUAACUGUGUCAACAGAGACAUCAUAGACAAGGCCGCCAUGGACUUCUGCAUGAACAUGAACACCAAAUCCAACAGGAGGAAACUUGUGCGAGCCCUCUUCACUGUCCCCAGACAGAGGCUGGAUCUGCUGCCUUUCUACGCUCGUCUGGUGGCGACUCUGCAUCCAUGCAUGUCUGAUGUGGCGGAGGACCUCUGCUCCAUGCUGAAGGGAGACUUCCGCUUUCAUAUACGAAAGAAGGACCAGAUCAACAUUGAAACAAAAAAUAAAACUGUCAGAUUCAUCGGAGAGCUGGCCAAGUUCAAGAUGUUCUCCAAAACAGACACACUUCACUGUCUUAAGAUGCUGUUGUCUGACUUCACCCAUCACCACAUAGAAAUGGCUUGCACACUGCUGGAGACCUGUGGUCGCUUCCUCUUCAGAUCGCCAGAGUCCCAUUUGCGUACAAGUGUUUUACUGGAGCAAAUGAUGCGUAAAAAGCAGGCGCAGCAUCUGGAUGCACGCUAUGUGACCAUGGUGGAGAACGCCUAUUACUACUGCAACCCUCCACCCAUGGAGAAGACCGUGAGGAAGAGGAGGCCACCACUGCAGGAGUACAUCCGCAAGCUGCUCUACAAGGACCUGUCCAAAGUCACCACUGAGAAGGUGCUGAGGCAGAUGCGAAAGCUGCCCUGGCAGGACCCGGAGAUCAAGAGCUACCUGAUCUGCUGCAUGGUCAACAUCUGGAACGUCAAGUACAACAGCAUCCACUGUGUGGCCAACCUGCUGGCCGGCCUGGUGGCCUACCAGGAGGAUGUGGGCAUCCAUGUGGUGGACGGAGUGCUGGAGGACAUCCGGCUUGGCAUGGAGGUCAAUCAGCCCAAAUUCAACCAGCGGCGCAUCAGCAGCGCCAAGUUCCUGGGCGAGCUCUACAACUACCGGAUGGUGGAGUCUGCAGUCAUCUUCCGCACCCUCUUCUCCUUCAUUUCCUUCGGGGUCAACCAGGAUGGCAGCGCCAGCGUGCUGGACCCUCCUGAGCACCUGUUUCGCAUCCGUCUGGUCUGUACCUUGCUUGAUACCUGCGGCCAGUACUUUGAUCGGGGCUCCAGCAAGAAGAAGUUGGACUGUUUCCUCAUCUAUUUCCAGCGCUACGUCUGGUGGAAAAAGAGCUUGGAUGUUUGGACCAAGGACCACCCAUUCCCUAUUGACAUUGACUACAUGAUCAGUGACACUCUGGAGCUGCUCCGACCCAAGAUGAGGAUCAGCUGCUCCCUGGAGGAGGCCACAAAGCAGGUCACUGACCUGGAGAGGGAAAUGCUCAACAAACUAGAAGCGUUCAUUGUGUGCUCUCAAAAAGGCCUGGCGAUGGAGAAGGAUGGCCGAUCCAGCGCCAUGAGCGAAGGGGAUCCUCUGGAUGACGACGAAGACGAUGGCGAAGAUGACGAAGAAGGAGGUGCUGAGACUGAGGAGCAGUCAGGAAACGAGAGUGAGAUGAACGAACAGGAGGAAGAUGAAGGAUCCGAGAAUGAAGAGGAGGAGCGGGAGGAAGAGGAAGAAGAGAACACUGACUACUUGACUGACUCCAAUAAAGAAAAUGAGACUGAUGAAGAGAACAAUGAAGUCACCAUCCGUGGUGGUGGACUGAAGCACGUGGCCUGUGCUGAGGACGAGGACUUCAUUCAGGCUCUGGAUAAGAUGAUGCUGGAGAAUCUGCAGCAGCGUAGCGGCGAGGCGGUGAAAGUGCACCAGCUGGACGUGGCCAUUCCACUGCAGCUGAAGAGUCAGCUGAAGAAGGGCGGCUCCGGACCGCAGUGCAUCAUGGAGGGAGAGUCGGACAUCUCUGACACCAUGCAGUUCGUGAUGUUAACCCGCAAAGGGAACAAGCAGCAGUAUAAGAUCCUGAACGUGCCGCUGUCAUCCCACCUGGCGGCCAACCACUUCAACCAGCAGCAGGCCGAGCAGGAGGAGCGCAUGAGGAUGAAGAAACUCACCCUGGACAUCAACGAGAGGCAGGAGCAGGAGGACUACCAAGAGAUGAUGCAGUCCCUGGCCCAGCGUCCUGCUCCGGCCAACACCAACCGAGAGCGCCGGCCUCGAUACCAACACCCGAAAGGCGCUCCCAACGCCGACCUCAUCUUCAAGACUGGAGGAAGGAGACGCUGAUCGGAGUCUGGGCCCAGGUUGAGCAAGCAAGCAAGAGAGGAUGAACGAGCAAAAGAGAGAGAGAGAGGGGGAGAAAGUCAUCAAGGAGAUCGGUGGGGAGCCCGGUCGCAGCCGGUGGACGAGUCCCUGAGACGCACACUGACGCCGGGACAGACCAGACCCCUGAACCUGAACACACACUGUUACCUAACCGAGGGGCCGAAGCCCAGGGAGGAGAAGCAAAACCACGAGCUGGGGUCGGCCGUCAGGGCUCAGACAGAUGGCUCUCUUUCUUUUUUGUCUGUUGCCUGAGAUGACAAAAAAAAUGACAAGUGUCUGGACCAGAGAUCGGACUACACACCCCCGACCAGCGGACGGAUGGCGGGACAGACUGGAUGAAGUGCAAUGAAGGGUUCACCUCCUGCCAUCACACCAGAUGGAGGAAAACAGUGACUCAUAAUUUGGAGAUAAAACCUUAGAACUGGAUAUUUUUCCUUUUCUUCUUUCUUGGACUGUGAGAACACAUCUGGUUGGUCAGGCUUCAUGCAACGGGAUCGCACGAAUCGGCGGUGGCUGUGCGUUCGCAUUCUGCUCCCGCAGCAAUGCACAGAAAGACGUCAGGCUUUCUAGCCGAAUGGUGAAGUUGAUGAAGUGGCGAAUGGGGUGCAGCUCUUGUUCUCGUGGCUUAGUUGGUUUAGAGGAGUGUGCGCCUGUUCUCCUUAUCACUUUGUAAAGUGUAGAACCAAGUCGAAGGAUUCAAGAAGCUUGUUCGAUGCAACCAGCAGUCUAAACCUCCAAAAUAUUCAGUUUACUGUCAAAUCAGACAAAGAAAAGCAGCAAACGGUCACAUUGUUGACUCUUGAUUGGCAUUUUCUCAGGCUGUUGUUGUCCCAGUUCUAAAGUAAAAACUGUCCCUGUUUUUCCUACAAUGAAUAAAAAAAAAAAAAAGGAAAAGAAGAAAAGCUGUCAGAGGCGUGGACCAUGAGGUUCUGACUUUUCCCGGAGCUGCACUUCACAGCGGGAAAUACUCCUGAGCGGCAGGAUGAAAAUAGGAGGCAGGCGUAAAAUACUCUAUGGAAAUCUUUUUUUUUUUCCUUUUUUUUAAGAAUAUGACGACAAUAAUUGUUUUUUUUUUCCUGGUAUUUUUUUUUUUUCCCAAACAUGAUGUGCAAUCAGACAACACUUUGUUUGUGCACUCCGACACAGUUUCCUCCGUAUAAUUGCUCCAGUCUGAGUAUUUCCCCUCAAUCACGGCACCACCCCGCCCCUCCUCUCCCUCUAGAAGCAACAAGCUGAGCUGCGGAAAGCUUCUCCUCAUUGGUGGCUGUUUACAAAGUUAACGUCUACUGUUCACUGUCACGACGUCAGGUCCAUGAAAACAGAGUAGAUGAGAAGGAAGUAAGGCAACAACAGAAGUGACUCGCUUGGUGAAUCCAAGCAGUCCAGAGCAGAGACAUCUGUGGUCUCACCUGCAGCUCCUCUGCAACAUUUCUAGAGGAAAGUACAGAAACAUCUAAGACUUUCAAAAUAGGGUUGUCAUCUUUUCUUACUUGUCAGCUCCAGGAUUAACGAUCAAUAUCUAGUAUGUUUGUAGCUGCAGCUUAUCUUAGCACGGAGACUGCAAACAGACAAAUCUGACAGCCGGGCUGUACAAAAGUAGCAUAAUUAUAUAUUAACUACUUUUAAGCUCACAAAUCAUCAAGCUAGAAGCUGUUUGGUAAAUAAACUGGUGAAAGCAAUAGUUAAGAGUGGGAUAAUGGGUGGGACGUGUUGUCAUUUUUGCACCCACUUCACUGGAUAAACAAGAACGAGCCAGCAGAACAGGGUUGCACUCCAGAAACCUGAAGAUCAAGAGUCUCGUAGGCUCUUUUCGGCUACUCAACUUCCUGGAAGCGUUGAAGAUCUGCAGAUUGGACAGCAUCACUGAUGGACAUUUUAGAUGUUUGACAUUUGCUCCUACUACUUUUUUUUUUCUUUUUUUUUAAGAUAUAAUCAAGCAUUUAAAGUAACCUAAUAGUUCGAGUUUGCUUUGAGUCAUGUGGUGUAAAAUCCUGUUUUUCCCUCCUCUUUGAACUAACAACUGUGUUCCCAGGAGCCUUCCUACGUGACGACAGUGAUUAUAUCAUUUUAGACUAAUUUAAUGUAUUAAGCUUCUAGAUGAACUACUGUUAGUUCUGCUGCAUGGACCUUUUCUGCACUAGCUUAUCAUUCUUUGCUGUUGUUAAAGAAAAAAAAACAAGAAAAAAGAAAUAGAAGAGCUUAAUUUAGCGCUUACUCUAGCUACAAGAGUAUUGUUCUUAAAACUGCUGCCAAAAUAGGGGAAAACCUGCUCGAGCCUAUUGAUGUGGCUUGUGAUAAAGAAAGUGUACCACAAUAAACGCGUAGAAAUGA